AUGCUUAUCCCAAAGAAGAACAGAGUUGCCAUCUAUGAGUACCUCUUUAAAGAGGGUGUCCUUGUAGCCAAGAAGGAUCCAUUUGCAGCCAAACAUGCAGAAAUUGAAGUCCCAAACCUUCAUGUAAUGAAGGCGUUAACCAGUCUCAAAUCAAAGGGAUAUGUCCGCGAACAGUUUGCAUGGCGUCAUUACUACUGGUACCUGACAAAUGAAGGUAUUCAGUACUUGAGGGAGUUCCUCCACCUGCCAGCUGAGAUUGUCCCUGCUACAUUGAAGAGGCAGAUUCGCCCAGAAGCCCCAAGACCCACAAGGCCAAAGGCACCUGAAGGUGGCCCUCGUGCUGGAGGUCAGGAUAGACAAGAAUACAGAAAAGCUGCAGGACCUGGUACAGACAAAAAGUCUGAAGUUGGUGCUGGAUCUGAGAAGUUUGAAUUCCGAGGUGGAUAUGGGCGAGGUCGUGGUAGCUUUGGAGGAAGUGCUCCAAGUGGACAGUAA